AUGAAGUACAUUCAUUCUCAGGAGCUCCUCGACAUCCCCGAGGGUGUCAAGCUCGCCAUCAAGACGAGAAUCGUCACCGUCGAGGGUCCCCGAGGCAAGCUCGUCAAGGACCUCGGUCACCUGGCUGUCAACUUCGGCCACCCCAAGAAGAACACCAUCUCCAUCGAGAUCCACCACGGUGCUCGCAAGGAUGUCGCCACCCUGAGAACCGUCCGCUCCAUCAUCAACAACAUGAUCAUCGGCGUCACCAAGGGCUUCAAGUACAAGAUGCGCUACGUCUACGCCCAUUUCCCCAUCAACGUCAACCUUGACCAGAACAAGGAGACGGGCGUCUGGGAGGUCGAGAUCCGAAACUUCAUUGGCGAGAAGAUUGUCCGACGGGUGACCAUGGCCGAGGGCGUCGACGUCGAGAUCUCCAAGUCCCAGAAGGAUGAGCUCAUCCUGACCGGCAACUCCCUGGAGAACGUCUCGCAAAGCGCCGCCGAUAUCCAGCAGAUCUGCAAGGUCCGGAACAAGGAUAUCCGAAAGGUGCGACCCGACUUGCUCCCCCUCCAUGCUGGCGCCGCCAUGGCUGUGUUCUUGGACGGUCUGUACGUUUCCGAGAAGGGCAACGUUGUCGAGGAGUAG